AUGGGCUGGGUGCUGCUGCUGGCAGCCACGGCCACCCCACGGUGGCGGGAGCUGCCCGAGCGGCCCGGCUACCCCCGCGACCUCUUCUUCAGCGACGGCCUCUGGGAGAGCUGCGUGGAGGCAUUCACCCAGCUGGGCCCAGCCUGUCGCGCCCUCCCGGAGGACACAGCCCAUUUCUGGCCCAUGUGGGUGCUGAGAGCGGCUGCUGUGGGCUCGCUGCUGCUGGGGGCCCUGGCUUAUGCCCUGGCCAUGCUGGGGGCACGGUGGUGGGCCCCCCCGCCACGGCCCAACCUGGUAGCCACUGCCGGGCUCCUGCUGAUGCUGGCGGGUGGUAUGUACCUUGGUGCCACUUCCUACAUGGCUCAUCGGGUGCUGCAGGACUUGGCCAGCCCACAGACCCCUCCGGCAGACCGCUUCCACCUGGGGACGUGUCUCUACCUGGGCUGGAGCGGCGGAGGGGCAGAGGUGCUGGCUGGUGUCUGCCUGGCCACCAGCUUCUGCAGGAAGAGGGGGUUCGUCGUGAGGCCGGCCGCUGCGCCUUACGAGGUGGAUUAUUGA